GAGGAAAUGACCUCUGGCUCCCCUCCCAACCUCCCCUCAGCGGGCAUCAUGAUGGAGAGAGAAACGGCCCUCCUGCCAGCUCUCCCAGGCCUGACUCAGCAGAUACUAGCCCCGACCGCGGGCUUCAGAUCCAGGAUCCCAGAGACCACAACAGCCCUUGGGUUUCCUUUCCCAUCCGGGGAGGCAUCCUACAGGUGACUGGCAUCUGGGGCAUUGGAGGCCUCGGCAUAAGAUGCCCUUAGAUGGGUGGUGCCCUGGAGGUCAGGCCUGAGUCUCCUGCAGGCAGGGGCGCCUGGGGAAUUACUCACGGGUGCCUUUCAUUCCCUUCCUGCUCUGUGAGACCUGUGUUGAGUGCUCUGCAUCCAUUAUCUCCUAAUUUUUUUUUUACAACAGUUGCGCAAGGUAAGUUUAUUAUCCCCAUUUUAGAGAUGAAGACUCUAAAGGGAGGCUCAGGGAGGUGAGUGACUUGCCCAAGGUCACACUACCAAUAAGUGGCAGAGCUGAGGCUCCAGUGCAGGCUUCUGUGCGGGCAAAGCUCCUCUGCCUGCUAGCUAACUUCUCUUGUAACCCAGGCAGAAAAGAACUGUAGAGCCUUCUUCCUUCACUUUCCUCCAGUGAGGACUUUCCCCGUCUUUUGGGUGUUGGUACAGUUUUCCUUCUUCCAGCAAAAUCAGCCACAUUCUUGCUCCCCCAGAUGCAUUAUAGGACAGGGCUAGCUUUCUCCCUCCCUUCUUCACUUCCUCCCUCCCUCCAUUUUCUCCCUCUGGGUGAGACCAAGCAGCAAAGGGCUGCCUCAGUCCCCUGGGAAAACCCAAGCCCUGGUCCUCGGCUCAUGGGCUCCGUGGCCUGCUCAGCUUGCAGUCUUGGCUGUGGGAGAGAAAAUUUAGCAAAGAUGGGUCCAUGCAGUGCUGCAGCCUGUGGGUGCUCAGUCUAGCUCCAGGCAUUGGAAACCCAAACGCUUCUAAGGAUCAGGGGGGAAAUGGAAUGAGUGAGGCGGGCCAGGGAGCCGCUCAGCUCCAAUCUUUGUCACUGUGUGAAAUGUGGACUUGGUAUGACCUGACUGUCCAAUUUUCAAGAUGAGCCAGAAAUCCAGACCUUUAUAUAAAAUCUCCUGGAUUUGUAAAUGUUGGCAAUUAAUCAGAAUGUUUUUAAAAAUGGAUUGUGAACAUGGAUUGUUUUUAAAACAUGUCUGAGAACUGUGUCCAACCUAAGGGGCCUGUGUCUGAGACCUCUGGUCCAUGGGAAAGGGACAGCAGGUUUUGCUGGGCCGCCUCCAGGAUGUGUCCACUGUGACACCAGGGGCUGCUUUCUGCAUUUGAGCCUCUUGAGGCUGCAGGGUGAUCCCUCAUCAGAGGGAGUUCUGUUGUCCCCUCGGCACCCUGGUCCUACUGCGGAAGAAACUCCAGCUCAGGUAUGGGAGUAGCCAGGAUGGGAUCACAUGGCUCAGUGAGGGCAGAAGCCAAAUUUGAGCUCAGGCCUACCCCUCGGCACUCUGCAUGUUACCCAGGCUGCCCCCCACCAGGGUAUCACCAUCAUGCCCAUGGGGCCACCUCCCCUGGAGGGUCAGAUCAUUAUUUCCAUGCUAGCUGCGGGGAUGAAGGCACAGAGAGCCACAGACUGAGGUUUCAGUGGAGGAACCUGGUCUCUGAAAACCCUGCCCUGAGGAGGCCGGAGCUGAGCGCAGCAGACACUGGCCCGAGGGAGGGCUCUCCACCUACAAGCCCACCAAGGCCUCAGUCUCUGUGGUCUUAUUUGUAGUUUCCCAAGCCCCUGGGUUCCUGGCUUGGUGUCAGGGUUAGGUCAUCUGCCUGCAAGCAAGGGUGCCACUCAGUACCCUGGCCUAGGCGGAGGGCGGUUCUGGCCAGUUCCAAGCCUGGCUGACUGGGAGUGGAGACAAGUCCUGUCAAGCCCUCUCUGGCCUCAGUUCCUCCGUGUUGAUGUGGGAAGGGUGGAAGGGUGUUACCAGUGGCUCCCUGAAAUGCCCUUCCUGCCGGGACCGAGGACUUUGUCAUCACCCGGGCUUCACACCACCUGGCUAUGGAGACCUGAGCUGGACCCAUUCCUUGAGCCUACAUCCUUGUCUGUAGAGAGAACAGCAGCCACCUCCUGAGUUUUCCUUAGAUAACUAGCAUAGAGACCAGUAGUGGGCCUGGCGUAUGCAAGGCACACAGGACAGGCUGUCAGUCUGUCCUGUCCCCCAGCCCUCACCCCCUGCUCUGAGUUCCUGGCCCUUCCCUUGAAGACCAGCAGCUCUAGCCUCAAGUCCAGGUGUGACCCAGUGCCGCUGCUGCCCGGGAUUUUCCAUCCCCACCCCCCAGAGCCCUGGUGUGUGCCUCCGUACAACCUUUUCCUUUGAUUCACGUAGACACAUGGGUUCUCCACUUGCUUAUAAACCACCCUGCCAUGCGAGGGCUGGAUGAUGGCUUUUCUCUCAGUGACGUUUUGGUGAAUGGCUGACAUUUCCCAGGAAUGAAUUGGACACAGACCCAGCCAUUGAGGUACUCCCGGUCCCACAGCUAAAAGACCAAACAGGGUGCACGGUUCCCCCUCUCACCCGCGGCUGUGGAGAGGAGGAAGCGGAACUAGAGAUGCCCAUCUGGAGUGAGUGCAGGACCAGGUCCCGCGCGGCCCCGGGUGAGGCACGCCCGCGCGCCCGCCGGCGCCAUGGGAAGGAGCGGGCGCCGCUGCUGUCCCCCGCCGGCGCGCGCACGACUUGAGACCUGCCACGGGCAGCCCCCGGCCGCGGGUCCCCGAGUGACGCUGGCGGCACCUGAGAGUGUGGCGCGGGCCCGGGGCCACGCAGCGGAGACCAGUGUCCAGUGAAGCGGCUGAGGACCCGCCGCCCGUGCCGCCGCCAUGGUGAUGUCCCAGGGCACCUACACGUUCCUCACGUGCUUCGCCGGCUUCUGGCUCAUCUGGGGUCUCAUCGUCCUGCUCUGCUGCUUCUGCAGCUUCCUGCGCCGCCGCCUCAAACGGCGCCAGGAGGAGCGACUGCGCGAGCAGAACCUGCGCGCCCUAGAGCUGGAGCCCCUCGAACUCGAGGGCAGUCUGGCCGGGAGCCCCCCGGGCCUGGCGCCGCCGCAGCCACCACCACACCGUAGCCGCCUGGAGGCGCCGGCUCACACGCACUCGCAUCCGCACGUGCACGUGCACCCGCUACUGCACCACGGGCCCGCGCAGCCGCACGCGCACGCGCACCCACAUCCGCACCACCACGCGCUCCCGCACCCGCCGCCUCCGCACCUGUCGGUGCCGCCACGGCCCUGGAGCUACCCGCGCCAAGCGGAAUCGGACAUGUCCAAACCACCGUGUUACGAAGAGGCGGUGCUGAUGGCAGAGCCGCCGCCGCCCUACAGCGAGGUGCUCACGGACACGCGCGGCCUCUACCGCAAGAUCGUCACGCCCUUCCUGAGCCGCCGCGACAGCGCGGAGAAGCAGGAACAGCCGCCUCCAAGCUACAAGCCGCUCUUCCUGGACCGGGGCUACACCUCGGCGCUGCACCUGCCCAGCGCCCCUCGGCCCGCGCCGCCCUGCCCAGCCCUCUGCCUGCAGGCCGACCGUGGCCGCCGGGUCUUCCCCAGCUGGACCGACUCAGAGCUCAGCAGCCGCGAGCCCCUGGAGCACGGAGCUUGGCGUCUGCCGGUCUCCAUCCCCUUGUUCGGGAGGACUACAGCCGUAUAGAGGGGCGCCCGGCGCCCCGGGCCCCACCGGCGGACUCCUAGCCUGACUGCGGGGCUUUUUAAAUGCUUCCCUGGACUGCGGGGAGGGGCGGGGGGAGGGAGGGAUUUCUUAUCCCGUUUGUUACAUUUUGAGGAUAAUAAAGGUGUGUGAUCUGGUUUGGUACAA